AUGGCGCCCAGCUUCGAUACUUUGACUGAACAGGAUCUUCACGAAGAGGAGGAGGAGAUUGACUUCUCCGAUCUCAAGGAGCAAUAUGAAGUGAAGCUCGAGGAGGGUUUGGAUACAUUCGUUGUCAUCGAUGGACUCCCGGUAGUCCCGGAAGAGAGUAGACAGAAGCUCAUCAAGUUCUUAUUGAGGAAACUUAACACCAUUGGCCACACCUCCGAAGAUGCCGUUUUCAUGCCUCUCAACGAGAAGAAUAUGUCCGAAGGUUUUGCCUUCGUUGAAUACGAGACCCCCGAACAAGCCAUCGCCGCAGUCAAGCACCUGCACGGAACGCCUCUCGACAAGAAACACACCCUAGCCGUGAACAAGUUGAUGGACAUCGAUAGAUAUGGUCGGGAAGGUCGCGUUGACGAGGAAUACAAGCCUCCUACUCUCGAGCCCUUCAAGGAGAAGGAACACUUGCGAUCGUGGCUUGGGGACCCCAACGCUCGUGAUCAGUUCGCCCUCUACCGGGGUGACAAGGUCGGAGUGUUCUGGAACAACAAGAACAAUCCUCCCGAGAACGUCGUCGAUCGCGCCCACUGGACGCAACUCUUCGUCCAGUGGUCUCCCAAGGGUACUUUUCUGGCAUCUGUCCACCCUCAGGGUGUGCAGCUGUGGGGCGGCUCCGGCUUUUCGAAGCAGAAGCAGUUCCCUCACCCGUUCGUUCAGUUGGUCGAGUUCUCGCCAGCUGAGAACUACCUGACCACCUGGUCCUCCCGCCCUAUCCAGGUGGAAGAGGGUAACACGUCUGUCUUGACUUAUGAAGAGGAUGGAAAGAACAUCAUUGUUUGGGACAUUGUGUCGGGCAAGCCUCUACGCUCAUUCGUUUCCCACGAUCUCACUGCCGGCCCUGCUGGGGAUGGCGAACCCAAGAAGAAGGUGCAAUGGCCCGCUUUCAAGUGGUCCGCCGACGAGAAGUAUGUCGCCAGGAUGCUCCAGGGACAGUCGAUUUCCAUCUAUGAACUUCCCCGGAUGAACCUGCUGGGUCGCACUUCGGUCCGGAUCGACGGCGUCAUGGAUUUCGAAUGGUCGCCGGCUACCGUCAGUCGGGAGGGUGUCAAGCAAUAUGAGCAGCUGCUCUGUUUCUGGACCCCGGAAAUCGGAAGCAGCCCCGCUCGUGUCGCCAUGAUGAGCGUGCCAUCCAAAGAGAUUGUCCGAACCCGUAAUCUGUUCAACGUGUCGGACGUGAAGUUACACUGGCAGUCCCAAGGUACCUACGUCUGUGUUAAGGUGGACCGUCACUCCAAGUCGAAAAAGUCCAUGGCCACCAACCUGGAAAUCUUCCGGGUGCGCGAGAAGGGUGUUCCCGUCGAAGUGGUAGACAGUCUCAAGGAUACCGUGAUCAACUUUGCUUGGGAACCCAACGGCGGUCGUUUCGUACUCAUCACCACCGGUGAGGCACCACAGGGCGCUGCUGUCCCGCCCAAGACGGCCGUCUCCUUCUUCGCCCCGGAAAAGAAAGGCGUUUCCGCUGGCAACUUCAAGCUGGUGCGUACGAUUGAGAAGAAGACCAGCAAUGCGAUCUACUGGUCUCCUAAGGGUCGUUUCGUCGUCGUUGCCACCGUCCAUUCGCAGAGCAACUUUGACCUGGACUUCUGGGACAUGGACUUCGAAGGCGAGAAGGCUGAGGGGGAGAAGGAUUUGGCUGCCAACCUCCAAUUAAUGAAGACCAUUGAGCACUACGGUGUCACAGAUGUCGACUGGGAUCCCACGGGUCGUUACGUUGUCAGCAGUGCCAGUGUGUGGACACAUUCGAUGGAAAACGGCUGGAAUAUCCACACAUUCGCCGGCCAGACCCUCGCCGAGAACCCUACCGAGAAGUUCAAGCAGUUCAUCUGGCGCCCUCGUCCCAAGACCCUCCUCAGCAAGGAGGAGCAGAAGCAAGUUCGCAAGAACCUCCGAGAAUACUCCAAGGAGUUCGAUGAGGAGGACAAGUACGCCGUCGACAUCGCCAACACGGCCGUUGUCGAGAAGCGCAAGCGCGUCCUCAACGAAUGGGUUGCCUGGCUUCGUCGGGAGAAAGAGCUCUUGGCCGAGGACAAGGAUGCCUAUGGCGUCCCCGAGGAAGUCGACGAACCCAAGUUGGCCAAGGACGCUCCUGCGGCUGGUGAGGAGCAGGGCGAGACCGUUGUCGAGGAGAUUGUGGAAGAGAUUGUCGAGGAGCACGAGGAAGUUAUUGGUUGA